AUGAAGCUCACCAUUGUGCUGCACUGUGUGGCAAGUGGGCAACUGGGCAAGAUGAAAUCAUUCAUUGCCUUUUUUGCCCUCGUCUGCUUCGUCGUCGUCGUUUCGGAUUUGACAGACGCAUCUGAAAUUCAAGAUUCCGCUGAAUCCAAGGAUAUUUGUUGUUUCGGUUGCGUCAAUUGCAAGACUGAACUCAACGAAAAUAAGGACAUUUGUUGCGACGUCUGCUACAUUUGCAAGGAUCAUGAAGGAGUUCAUCAGUCUCAUGAGCUGAAUCCAAGGAUAUUUGUUGUUUCGGUUGCAAUGAAAUCUUUGAUUGUCUCGUUUGCUCUCGUCUGCUUCGCCGCCAUGAUGUUGGAAUCCACGAACGCAUCUCCAAUUCAAGAUUCUGGUGAAUCCAAGGACAUUUGUUGUUUCGGUUGCGUCAAUUGCAAGACUGAACUCAACGAAACUAAGGACAUUUGUUGCGACGUCUGCUACAUUUGCAAAGAUCAUGAAGGAAUUAUGCAAAUGAAAUCUUGCAUUGUUUUGUUUGCUCUCGUCUGCUUCGCCGUCAUGAUGUUGGAAUCCACGAACGCAUCUCCAAUUCAAGAUUCUGCUGAAUCCAAGGACAUUUGUUGCUUUGGUUGCGUCAAUUGCAAGACUGAACUGAACGAAAAUAAGGACAUUUGUUGCGACGUCUGCUACAUUUGCAAGAAUGAUGAAGGAGUUCAGUCUGUAGGAUUUAAAAUGUUCCUGGCUCGCAUUUCAUCUCAGUGA